CUUAUUAUACAGCCGAACAUUCCUGUUUUUAUCAUAUGUAGAUUCGGACGGAUUGCAUACAAACCUGCAGGUGUGUCAGCUUGGGGUGUGGUUGCGUCAGUAUAGUGCCUUUUCAUAUCACUGCUGUCUUAUACCUCUGUCUGUGCCAGAAGCGACGGUAACUAGCUCGGGCCUAUAGAUUACCUGGAAAUUGGCUGAUAUUACGCAUAAAAGGACAAUGAAUGAAGAAAUGUACGUUUCACGUCUACAGAUUCUAAGCAACAUAUUCUCCUUUUGAAAACAGAGUCCUCCUGCCACCCUCACAAAGUCUUCUACUCUAUACAGUGUCAUAUUGGACCUUAUUGUAUUGGAUAGCCAAGACAUCCAUUAAGGAAUAUGGAGAAGAUAAUUCUGCUUCUUAUUCUCUGCGUUCACCCUUCAUCCCACUACCAUCUGCGUCAUGCGCUAUCCCCACUGGAUAUCAGUCGCUUGAUAUAUAUCAGCAGACCCCUCACCAUUGGACAAAGAGUAGAUGGAUUUGUAUCCGUGGACAAGCCAGCCAGGUAUUACAUUACAUUGAAUGAAAGUGUCAGCUCAGUGACUAUUAGGGUGACCCCCUGUGAAUCACCGUUAUUUUGGUCUUUGUCUGUCUUAACAACACACAGCCUGCCACCUCUGGCAAAAGAUGGCUCUGAGGAUCUUAGUGGAGGUAUUGUUAAACAUCAGGAUUCUCGUCUGUUUGAUCACUGGGACCCUCAGAAAUUGUUUUCUUUCCAAGGAAAUGGAGAAGAAUCAUUUUCUGUCACUAUGACCCCAGGUGGAUUUUAUUUCCUUGAUCUGGUUUCUCUUGAAACUGAUACCAACUUCCAUGUGUUUGUCUGGGACAGUAAGAGCCAAGCCAAUCCAUGGCCCCAGCUGCCUACUGAUCCUCGUGUUGACAUUGUUUCUAUUGAGGAGAACAGUGCUAGACUGUCUUGGAAACCCAGCUUGGGACCUUCUGAUGGAAGCGAGGUUGAGUUCUGCGUAUUCAUAAAUAAGCACCAUAACUUCAAAACACUGUGUGCCACUGAGCUGAACACUGGGCUGAACACAAAGAGGCAAUCACAACCCAACUGGAAUGGGCAAGAUGAAGACCUAAAUAAAUUAAUACAUUUUGCCAAGAAAAAGUCCAAAUAUAAGGAUCUUACUUCACUAAUGGUAUCUAAGUCCCAGAAUGCAAAGAGUCCUAGUAUGUUAGGAGUUAGUAGCAAUAAACUUUGGUUUUCCAAAAAUGGAUCUGGAGGACAGAGGUUCUGUGUAAAGGACUGGGCUAAUGUUACCAUUUCUGGCUUGAAGCCUAAAACCCUGUAUUACUUUGACGUAUUUGCAGUAAGUCCAAAGCAUGGAACAAGUGUGGCUUAUACUGGAACAUUUGCAGAGACAAAAACCAAGCACAAAUCACUGAUUCCAAAUCUUCCUAGUGAGGAGAUGGUCAACAUUUUCCUAAAAAGUCGAAGAGUUAGAGUAUUCAACGUGGAUCCUCCUGCUAGUGGCUACAAAUGGCUUUUUGUUCACUCCUGUCUUCAUAAAGUCCACCUGCAGAUUAACACGAAUGGAAAAAAUAUAGUAUCCCAAAGUCUCCAGGGAGCUCAUAACUUCAAGCUCACUGAAAACGCAGACAAGUACAUCAUUACAAUAAAGUCCAGCCGGGGAGGGCCAGGCUUAGUUAAGCUUUACACAACCAAUUCUCACAAUCACUUACCAUUCCCUAGCCUGCCAUCUGACAUCAGCGUAUCUGUCUCAAAGAGAUCCUGCUCAUCUGCCAGAGUCACGUGGGCUGGAAGUGGAAAAGGGGUCAAGUAUUGUAUCUAUGCCAGACAUCUGGAGCAGAAUUUGGAUCUCAAGUUAAUUCACAAACAUCAAAACAGCUGUCUGAGCACCAGUGCUCGAUCUAAAGCGGAGAAAGUGCUCUGUAGACAGGGAGCUCUAGAGACUUUCAUGGAAGAGCAAAUUACAAACCUGAAACCUGGAAAAGUCUAUUUGGUGGAUGUGUACUUCCAAGGCCAUUAUAACACCACCAUAAAAUUCCCCAGUCUUGUUGUGAAAACUCAGGAGCAUUGCACGUGAACGAAUAUCCUUAAUUAACAAAAGGACACUUUAAAGACUUUAGUGUGACUAAGACACAAGGCAAGGCACGCUCUACUGUAUUCAAGGGCCAUAAAUGAGACUAUUUCAAGAGCCCAAGAAAAACAAAAUAUAUUGAUCCUUUAAAUACAGACCAAAGAAUGCAAUAGACAUCUUUGCAGAGUGAUAUUUGUAUAGAGAUGUAUCACUAUGCUUGUUACAUUUAUUGAGCAUGGCCAUUGUUAUGGACAUUCAACAGAUCUUUGUAUUUUACAUAUCCAUGUGCACUUCCAAUUUCAGAUUAUAGAUGUGGGACCCUAAUCAGCUGCUUCAGCAACUUUAUUAUGUAGACCGAUGCUUUAAAUAGAUUAUUAAACAUUGCAGAAAGAUAUGUUUCCUGGGUUCCCCAAAACAUGUAUGGUGCCUACUUUUUGUUAAAAUAUAAAGAAACACAUUAAAAAGUUAAUUUUUGGAA